CUUUCCCAGCAUGCACCGCGGGAUAACAUGGCCUGCGUCUUUACGUGAUGACGUAGGUGAGCUGUGUGGUUGCAGUCUGUCGGGUUGCAGUGGUCGUGGACAACUUAAGUAUUAAAUAUGUCAUUUUCGCAGCCUGAUGCAAAUGAUGAGCAAUAUGUAUUCACCUGCAGUCUGGACAAUGUUCGCAACCUCUCUAAUAUUUUAAAGGCCAUUCACUUCAAAGACCACGCAGCUUGUUUUGCUACAAAUAAUGGACUUAAAUUUACAGUUGAAAAUUCCAAGUGUCUUCAAGCCAAUGCCUUCAUUCAGGCUGGAAUCUUUCAGGAGUUCAACAUUCAAGAAGAGUCUGUAAUGUUUCGGAUAAAUCUUACUGUUCUCCUAGACUGUUUGAAUAUUUUUGGUGUGAGUGCUGUACCAGGUACAUCAACUGCCUUGAAAAUGUGUUAUCAGGGAUAUGGCAACCCGCUUAUCCUGUUUCUAGAAGAAGGAGGUGUAGUGACAGUGUGUAAAAUUCUCACUCAGGAGCCUGAGGAGACACUGGACUUUGAUUUUUGCAGCACUAAUGUGCUAAAUAAAAUCAUUCUUCAAUCAGAUGGGCUAAGGGAGGCGUUUUCGGAAUUGGACAUGACCAGCGACUUCUUGCAAAUUACAAUGUCUCCUGACAAGCCUUACUUCAGAUUGUCCACGUUUGGCAAUGCAGGAAGCGCUCAUCUAGACUAUCCCAAGGAUUCUGAUCUGAUAGAAGCGUUUCAAUGCACCCAGACCCAAACAAACAGGUAUAAAAUCUCUUUGCUGAAGCCAUCCACAAAGGCCCUCGCUUUAUCCUGUAAAGUUUCUAUCCGGACAGACAACAGAGGCUUUCUCUCUCUUCAGUACAUGAUCAGGAACGACGAUGGCCAGAUCUGCUUUGUGGAGUACUACUGCUGUCCUGAUGAAGAUGUGGAAGAAACUGAGACAUAGGUUCUUUCAAUCAAUUUCCCAGUGUUUAAAGGGAAACUCCAGUGCCAGAAAAACAAUCCGUUUUUCUGGCACUGGAGGGUCCCUCUCCCUCCCACCCACCAAUCCCCGGUUACUGAAGGGAUGAAAACCCCUUCAGUCACUUACCUGGGACAGCGCCGAUGUCCCUCGCCGCUGUCUCCGCCUCCGCGACGCUCAUCCUUGUGAAUGCGUCGGUCUCGCCCACCGGCC